UAUUUAUAAUAUACUAUUUAAUAAACCAUCAACAGAAAAAUCUAAAAAGACAGAAAUUCAUAACACAGAACAAAUACCAUAACCACACAACAGCUAUACAAAGAAUGUAUAGACAACAAACGACAAAGAUUGAAAAAUGGGAAAAAAUGCACAGGGUAACAAGAGGCUAAUGAGGAAUAGGUGAGGCUAAUGAAUUACCAUUGGGAUAAACAAGGCAAGAGUGGAAAAGGGAAUCAAACACAAGAAUGGGGAAGCCUGAUAAUGGAACUGCUACAUAUUCUUGUCUUGUGUUUUGUUGACUCUUAUUUUGAAGUAUGGUUCCUGUGUAUUCCUAAUCCAGGAGAGUCACUUUCCUACACAGUUUAGUUUGAUCUCUAACUAAAUGCUCCUGAAUCAAAUAUUCAAGGUCUUUGCAUUUACUUUAAUAAUACCCAGGUGUCACAUACAUUACGGAGACAUCUAUUUGACGUCGGCAUUUACAUCUGCGUGAGUGUUUGCUUAUCUGCAACAGAUAUACAAGACGUUUCCUUUCAGAUGUCAAAUAAAUAUUUAGAAAAUGUCUUUAAGAUCUUUAUGAUUUAGUGUGUAUGUAAAACUGCCAUCUUAAAGACGUCAAUUAGAUGUUUGUACACAGCAGUUGCUUUCCAGAUGAAGUGAUCUGUAACAGAAAUCUUGCAGACAUAUCUGUGCUAUAUAGUUUGAAACUAAUCUCAGCAGGAAUCUGGCUGUACAGGGAGAGGAAUGAAGAACCUGCUUUACAGAUUCACAGACACAACUGUUUUACUUGCGUCACUCAAACACAGAACUAGGAAACUAUUUAAACUGAAGAGAAACCUAUGUGCAGUUGAGCUGCUGUGUGUUUGUGUCUCUGUAAUGAAGUAGUAAAAUGGCAAAAGCCAGAAUUUCGGUGUAUCAGAAUGAGUUCAUGUGUCCAGUUUGUCUGGAUUUCCUGAAGGAUCCAGUGACCAUCCAGUGUGGACACAGUUACUGUAAGAUCUGUAUUACAGGCUGCUGGGAUCAGGAGGAUCAGAUGGGAGUCUACAGCUGUCCUCAGUGCAGACAGACCUUCAGUCCAAGACCUGCUUUAUCUAGAAACACCAUGCUGGCUGAAGUGGUGGAGAAACUGAAGAAGACUAAACUUCCUGAUGACUGUUACGCUGGAGAUGGAGAUGUGCAGUGUGACGUCUGUACUGGAAAAAAAUACAAAGCCGUAAAGUCCUGUCUGAUGUGUCUGGACUCUUACUGUCAGAAUCAUUUUGACCGUCAUGAAGAAUUUCAUUCACGUAAACCACACAGAGUGAUUGAUGCCACUGGACGACUGCAGGAGAUGAUCUGCCAGAAACAUGAGAAGCUCCUUGAGGUUUUCUGUCGCACUGAUCAGAAAUGUAUAUGUGUGCUAUGUAUGAUGGAUGAACAUAAAAACCAUGACACUGUAACAGCAGCAGCACAGAGGACAGAGAAACAGAAGCAGCUGAAGGAGACGCAGAAGACGCUCCAGCAGAGAAUCCAGCAGAGAGAGAAAGAUCUUCAUCAGCUGAGAGAGACUGUGGAGUCUCAUAAGCGCUCUGCACAGACAGCAGUGGAGGACAGUGAGAGGAUCUUUACUGAGCUCAUCCGCUCCAUUGAGAGAAGCCGCUCUGAGCUGAUACGACUGAUCAGAGAUCAGGAAAAGACUGCAGUGAGUCGAGCUGAGGGACGACUGGAGCGACUGGAGCAGGAGAUCAAUGAUCUGAGGAGGAGAGACGCUGAGCUGGAGCAGCUUUCACACACACAGGAUCACAUCCAGUUCCUGCAGAGUUUUCAGUCUUUCUCAGCACCUCCUGAAUCUACAGACGUAAAUGAUGAUCUCUUCAGUUCUCUCUUUUCUUCUGAUGGUCUGAGAGAAUCUGUCCUUCAGCUGAGAGACAAACUGGAGGAUUUCUGCAAAGAGCAGCUCAAGAAGAUCUCAGACAGAGUCACAUUCACCAACAUUGAUCACUGGACCAGGAACGACUUUCUACAAUAUUCCCAUCAGCUCACUCUGGAUCUGAACACAGUGAAUAAACACCUGUCUGAGAACAACAGAGUGAUUACUAACACUGGAACAGUCCAGUCGUAUCCUGAUCACCCAGACAGAUUUAAUGUGUAUCGUCAGGUGUUGUGUAGAGAGAGUGUGUGUGGACGCUGUUACUGGGAGCUGGAGUGGAGUGGAGAAGAAGUGUUUAUAUCAGUUUCAUAUAAGAGCAUCAGCAGAAAGGGACGGAGUUAUUUGUGUUUGUUUGGAUCCAAUGAUCAGUCCUGGAGUUUGGACUGCACUCCCUCCAGUUACUCAUUCAUACACAAUAACAUACACACUGUUAUCCCUGUAGAAUCCAUCAGCAGGAGAAUAGGAGUGUUUGUGGAUCACAGAGCAGGAACUCUUUCCUUCUACAGCAUCUCUGACACAAUGAGCCUCAUCCACACAGUCCAGACCACAUUCACUCAGCCGCUCUAUCCUGGGUUUAAUGUUUGGUCCGGCUCAUCAGUGAAACUGUGUUGAUGAAUCAGAGUAGACUGACGAGAUAUUCUACCCAUAAUGCUUUGAGCUGCAUGAUAGAUCAGUAACAGUGGGAUGUUAUAGAGUCUCCUUUUCUCUUCAUAACACUAAUACUGCAGCUGAACUUCUGUCAGUGAAAUAACAUGUCAGAAUAAAUGUGUAAUAAAUCCUCAUAUAGACAGUAAGAUCAGUGUGUGGGUGUGUGUGUGC